AAACCAGGCUUUAUGCCAUGUUAACACAUCCUCUGUGAGUGGCAUGUUUUCGUUUCGCUGCCCAUAUUAACAGAUGACACCAUUUACACUGCAAGCGUGAGUCGCGAGGUGAAGUGUCCCAGAUGCGGCAGUGAACGGAUAGUUUCGCCGUUGAGCCUAUUUUUGCCGCGUAGCUCACGCUGAGCUCAGCGGCAUAUAUUGGGUGCAUAUUUCAGAGCACUCCACCUGUGUGAAAAUGUAAUCUGGACAUGUUUAAAGAACAGCCAGGUAACGAUUCUUCAAUGAGGCUACUGUAGUCCACCGCAGCUGCUCGUCCUCAAGAAUGGAGUCCUGCUUUCUGAUCUUCCCGCUUCUCUUCGCUUUUAGUCUUGCCAGUGGGGAGAGGACACUCAAAUUUGUCACUGUGCUGUAUCGUCAUGGUGACAGAUCUCCAGUCAAGGCCUAUCCAACUGAUCCCUACCAGGAGAGCGACUGGCCCCAGGGUUUUGGUCAGCUGUCUCAGGAGGGAAUGAGGCAGCACUUUGAACUGGGCAAUUUUUUAAGGAAACGCUACACAGGAUUCCUGAGUGAGGACUAUGAGCGACAUGAGAUAUUUAUAAGAAGUACAGAUGUUGACCGGACUCUGAUGAGUGCAGAGGCUAACCUGGCUGGCCUGUUCCCACCUAACGGUUCGGAGGUGUUCAGAAAAGAUCUGAAGUGGCAGCCGAUACCUGUUCACACUGUCCCUGAGGAUAAAGAGAAGCUGCUCUUAUUCCCGCUGGAAGACUGUCCACGUUACAAACAGCUUAUGAACGAGACUGAAAAAUCAGACAUCUUUCUAAACAUGACUGACACCUACAAGGAUUUUAUAGAGAUGGUGCGAAAUAAAACAGGACUGAUUAAGGCCUCCAUUGAAACUAUUUGGAGUGUCCAUGACACAUUGUUCUGUGAGGCAAAACAUGGGAUGCAGCCACCUCCCUGGGUGACUCCAAAUGUGAUGGAGAAGCUGGGGGUGUUAAAGAACUUUGGUUUCCAGAUUAUGUUUGGAGUCUAUAAGAGAAAGGAGAAGUGCAGACUUCAGGGAGGCCUGCUGUUAGAACAGAUCAUUAAGAAUAUCUCAGCUGCAGCUGCUCCAGACUCUAAACAGGAAGUGAAGAUGAUUGUAUACUCCGCUCAUGACACAACGAUUUUAGCUCUGCAGGAAGCUAUGAAUGUCUUUAAUGGACUGCAACCACCUUAUGCUUCCUGUCAUCUAAUUGAACUUUACCAGGAGGAAAAUGGAUCAUUUUCAGUGGAGAUGUUUUAUCGCAAUGACAGCUCUGUGCCUGAGCCGUAUGCUGUAUCUUUACCUGGUUGUUCUCAGCGCUGCCCCCUAGAGGACUUCUUAAACCUCACACAUGAAGUCAUACCACAAGACUGGAAACGAGAGUGCCAGAUCAGCAAAGAAGCCACGGACACUGAAGUCAUCAUUGGACUGGCUGUGUGUGGAUGCUUACUCUUCCUUCUGAUAUUACUGCUGUUUGUGGUGUUAUGUCAUCAGAAAGAGCAGAUGGCUGGCUAUAGUAAUGUCAUAAAUGAGAGUGACUCCUGACAAUCACACUGGCUCCUCCGCAAAGAAGAUUGCUGGGACAGUGAAGAGGACCUGUGAGGACACAACCUCAAACUAUCAGAAGCUGUAAGACAACACAGACUGUCUCCACUACCAGGCCCAAACUUUUAUUUAUAAUGGGGGAGUCUUGGCAGUGUUUUAUUAUUUUUUUUGUACCUGUAAGUGUUUGGAGAGAAAAAAGGGAAUCAGAAAUUAUGAUUGUUUCAAUGGCAUUAACAGUGUUGAUUGGCUGUAAUGCUUAGUGCAAAGAUGCCGUGACUUCAUUUGUGUUAUUGCUUUUGAAUCAUUGUGUUGUUUACAAAUGUCCAAAGGUGGAGUUAGAACUUUGCUCUUCCGGGGGGGUUUCUGUCCUCUCUUAAACGCAAGGACUAUUGGUGUACCCCGUUUGUGAGCCUGGCCUAUUCGUUUUAGUAUCCUUAUUAGAGCAUUGUACUUGAUACAUUUGCCUAAUGAUUCAGAUGGUGCACUGAAAUGUCUUAGAUAUUGGAUGUUCACAAAGAAGUUUUAUUGGAUGUAAAUCAAGGCCUUAAUCACUCGAACAUUGUCUUUCAUUGAAUGAACCAUGCUCAUGCUUUUAACGUAAUAGUCUCAUUUUUAAUUAACACACUUUAGUCACAAAACAGUUAAGAGUACAGCAUGCUGAUUUGAAGUCUUCUCAGAUGAAACUCCGAUGAGGUAAUCAUUAGUAAGAAGCCAUUAAAACAAAUACAAUUGUUGGUAAUUGUUUAAAUCUUUUGCAGUGUUCAUGUUUUGUCCUUCAACAUCACAAACAUGCUGAUUUUAUAAAAUGUUAAACUUUUGAAAUUUAUUAAUUCUAUUUCAGUUGCUUAAUAUUGGCCAGUAAUGAAUUCUUGUUUUGUUUGUAUCAUCUGAUAGAUUUUAUUUUAUGCUUAGUUAAAAAUAUUGUCCAAAAUAUCACAAUGCUUUCGAGUUAUCAAUUCCAGGGGCAAAUAUUGCCACUUAAUAAAAGUUAAUUUCUGGCUCAGCUAGAAACAUUCUGAACUGGAUUCAUGUAAAAUUAUCAAAUGCCGUUGUGUGACACAUUGAAGAUAUUGUGAUAAAGAAAGCAAACAAACUUUAUUUUUACCAAAUAGGCAAAAUGUUUGACAGGACUGUUAAACAAGUGCACAUCUUUUACCAGGUCAUUAACCUUUUUUUAAAUCAUCAAAAAAUAGUUACAAUACAUAACUAUGCAUAACAGCAGAGAGUAUUAUUGUCAAGAAAAAAACUUGAAAAUGACACAUUUCUGUCAAGAAUUUAACAAAUAUUCAAAAUUGGGGGGAAAUUGGUCUUUUAAAAACCCCAACUGAUCAACCUCUACUUUUAAUAAGGGGAGGAUGACAUCCCUUCAAUGCAUUAGUGGUUACUAGUGAUAGGCUGGUAUAUCUGCCGAUAUUUGUUCACUUUGUGAUUAUCAGCAUCAGCCGAUAACUGUGCUUGCCUGGCCAAUUAAUAGCAGUGUUAAAUUUCCCUUGUGCCAGUUUCCAAAUCUACCAGUAGAUUUAUAAACAGAUGGUCAAAACUGUUUUCUUUUCAUGCAAAUUUGAGUAAAUAUUGCAUGUGUUCGUUUUAGAAAUUUUGUGAACAUCUGAUUUGGUGUUUUCUAAUUGUAUUAGGUAUAUCUGCAUUUAUAUUGGUCAUCCUGCUCUCUAGAUAUUGGUAUCAGCCAUUGAAAAACCCUUAUCGGUCAACUACAAGUGGUUACAUUCCUGGUUUCAACAGGUAGCGUGAUAACAUGAAUAUGCCAGCAGAGCUUUAAAUGUUAAAGACAAAAUCAGUACUUCCUCAGUACAAAGGCAUUAAACCUUGUACUUUCUUUGUAAUGUACUCACUGACAAGUGUCCACCUUUAUCUGAACCAGUCCAGAUCAGAACAUGUGGUGGAGAACAUAAAAAUAUCAAUUAAGAUUACCAACUGACAUACAAAUUAUUAACACAUACUGUGGGACUUGCUUCAAAAGACAUUAUUUUCCCUUCAUAGUUCGUAAUUCAUUCUCCACAUCAUACCAUACAUUUGCUACUGUUUGAAAUAUGUGGUGCAAUAUCAGGCUGGGUGAAGUGCCCAUAGAAACACCUCAAGCGUUUGUACCCUAAAAUGGUCUCUAUUAUUAUUUAGAAUGGAUAGUGAACUUAAAAUGUUCCAUCUCAUCCCUGUGUACAUCCAUGACAAGGAGAGAAUGAGACUCAACAAUAUUAAAGGCAGUUUAAAGUCUCUACUAAAACACUACACAGGCUAAGCACCAUCACAAACCUUAAGGAUAACACUAAACACACACACACGUGCACACAUUAAAAAAUAUUCUUGCUGCACCCCCACACACUGCUGUACCUGCUUCAAGCUGCUCUGACCUUUAACCUUUCCACUCAACUUUCAAUUGUCAGCAGUGACAUGGGUCACUGCACAGGAUU